CGAUCAGUGAAUACCUGCGUACCGAAAAGCGAGAGUUGUGCUGUGUGGCGUAGUUCUUGAUUCACUAGGAUCAGGCUCACUUUAGGGCUAGUGAGCUGGCGGCUUGGGCGUUUCUAGGAUCAAGCGUGUGCCACGACAGAGUCACGACUACAUUGUUUUGCAUUAAAUCUCUGGGUCCGUUGUGAGGCUCGCUGCAGCGACGUGCAGUAGAAAGCUCAACCAACGACCUCUUUCCUCGUUCACAGCAACACUCUCUACUACCCAUUCGCGAUCAAAAUCGCUGAUGGCAGCUGAGCCUAAGAUGGAAACACAAUAUAUCGCGGGCGCGGUCGUCGGGCACUUGACGGCAGAUUCCAUCAACGGCACCGAUUCAGGGCUUCACUCCAUUGCAUCUGUUUCACAGAUUGGGGCCAUUGUUCCCGUCACCCUGUUCUCCUCAGAAGACACGGUCUUAAACCCCUCAGGCAUUAUCAACACCAUACAGAAGUUUCGCACCACAGAUGACGUAUUCUCUGAUUACUUUUUGACUGGUCACGUAUUGGUUCAGAGUGCUGAGCUUGUGACUCGAGAGCAGGUCUUUAGAGAGUUCAUUGGGACUAUCUCAGGCGGGUCUGAUCAGUGGCUCGUCCAGCGGGUCGAUCUUGUGGCAUAUGACAGUGUCAAGAGUAGCUUGCCAAGUGGACCUUAUUUCCUGGAAGGUCCUUUGGUCAGAAAGGCGUACAGACUAUAUGGUGAUUCACUUGAAUCAUUCCAGGCUGCGGUCCUGCCUGCAGAGGACGGGGGAGAUUACAGCUUUGUUGAGCUUCAUAAACCUAUAAGAAAAAACAAUGGCGCCUGGAUUCAGUCAAUUGCCGUACCCAGCCGCUGCUACAGCAAGCCAACCAAAGACAAGCCACUCUCUGGAGUUCGAGUCUCAGUCAAAGACAACUACGCACUAGCAGGAUUGAAGACAGGGAAUCAGAACAAGGCCUUUUUCGCGACUUAUGAGCCCGAGCAGGAGUCGGCUGAAUAUGUCAAGCGCCUAAUCGACCUUGGCGCCGUGAUUGUCGGAAAGACCAAAUUGUCGUCUUUCGCAUCUAGUGAGAAGCCUUGCGACUGGUGGGAGUUUCAGUGCCCGUUCAACGCUCGAGGCGACGGCCAGUUAAACCCAGGUCAAAGCACGACCGGAGGAGCGACUGCAGCGGGUGGAUAUGACUGGCUCGACAUUUCCAUCGGCAGUGAUACAUUUGGCAGUGUCCGAGAGCCAGCCGCCCAGAAUGCUGUCUAUGGUAUCCGAUUCAGUACGGAUGUGGCUGUGCCGAUGGGGGGCGUGUACCCAAGUUCACCUGUCUUUGACGUCAUUGGAAUCCUCGGUCGCGAUCUUGCUGCAUUCAGUACUUUCGCUAAAAGUACGGUGAAUUCAGUUAUAAGGACUUACGACAAGUGGCCUCAACGGAUAUUGUACCCUACAGACUUCUUCCCGAGUGGUGAGAAAGCCCAGCAACAGUUCUGGGAUGGGUUCGUGACAGUACUCGAGGAUUUCCUUGGCGUCAAGAAGGAGUCAAUAAGUAUUGAGCAGACUUGGAAUGAUGAGCCUCCUGCAGCGGCUGCAGGCAGGGACUACAAAACUUUCACGAAAUAUCUUGCUGCCAACCCGUUCUACUACGAUGGUUACCACGAGUACGAAUACUUCCGCGCGGAUCAUCUAGCAAAAUUUGGGACGAAGGCAUAUGUUUCGCCGCAUAUGCAAUGGAAAUGGGAUAUAGGCGCAAACUUAUCAAAAUCAGAUUACGAACAGUCAAAGAAGGACAUCGUCCUGUUUAGAAAAUGGUUCGACACAAAGAUAAUGGGCAAAUCGUCCGGAUCAGGAACAGACGCUAUCCUGGUUCUACCAGUCGGACCAGGCGCUCCAGUGUACCGUGAUCAGUUCGUAGUACCGACGCCACGUCUCGGGCUAGAUGCUCUGAACCUUGCGGCGGCUCUUGCAUUGCCACAUGCGGUAUUUCCUAUUGGCCAGGUCCCGUACGACUCGCCUAAGAGCGGCCGCAAAGAGUAUCUUCCGAUUGCAGGAUCUAUAGCUGGAGCAAGCGGAAGCGACCUGGUCCUUAUCGACCUAGUCCAUCGAGCUUUGAUGAAGGCAGUAUGGCCUACCACCAUCAAGGCUGGACGGACUGCUUUCGAUGACGAUCGAACCCUCGACAUGUCGGUCACAGCGCAAGUAGCAAUGCUUGGGGUGGUAGGAAGCGAGGAUCUAACCGACACAAAGCUUGUACAACAGCAGAAGAACUGAUACGUAAAGUUGUGAACAAAAGAGCUGAGGGCUAGAGCUGAAAUCUGUGUGAUACAAACUACAGUAAUCGCCAUAUAAUGCAAACGAGCUCAUUAAAAGACGUAUCACGCCGACCACCUUGCGAUCCAUACGUUGCCUGCAAAUCGUGCAACGUAACGAAAGU